AUGAGUUCCAAACAACUCAUAGUUAACGAGUUAUUGGCGUUUAUCCAAAACGCCAUCGGCACUAUGGACGAGGUCAGCAUCCUACAGAUCUGCAAGGAGGAUGAGGUUUGCAGUGACAAGGUACUAUUGUUCCGCAAAGGAGCUGCACAAGCUUCCGUCACGUUCGACCAAGCCUUCAUCACCAGGCUGCUGAAGGACAUUAACUUCCUGAAAGCAAGCCUGGCCGAUGUAGUGAGCAAGUUACAGUAUUUAAACAACACCAUCGCCUGCAUUCUGCCUCGCCGAAGACACGCGCAUGCACGGCCACAUCGCAACGUGCUUACGCAGCUGCAGACGCCAGCUGGCCUGACGAUGUUCAAGCAAAAGGGAAGAGUAGCACACUCUGCUUCAAACGGCUGCGGCACAAAAUCAGAUUUGCGAGGAAGAGGUCUUCAUCAAGGUGGAAAGGAAGAAGAGGAAGCCCGCUCGCCACAAUUUGUGUGGUGUUGCCCCGACCGGGCCGAACCUGCAGCGUCCUGCAAUACCGAUGAGGCCGCUGAACGUGUUCCGACUGCAUCACUCUACGAAGGAAGAGGAGAUCGUAGAGUACCUGAAAAUGUAGACCAAGUUUUCCUAGAGAGUCGCAUGGUUGGAGUCCCGUCACAAUAUGGAAUUUAA